UUGGCUAAAAGAUAAGGGAAAAUGGAAGAGAGGGCCAGAGGCAGGGGGGGCAUUAGUGUUGAAUUUGGUUGAAAAUGAAGGUAUAAUGAAACUCAACUGAUCCUUGGGAAAGUAGAUAACAACCCAUCAUAAUGCUACUUCACGCUUCAGCUCCGAUUCUUUUUAACAGAAUCUCAAGGAAUCUUGCAUGUGUCUGUGUCAGCAACAAUAGUGGAAAACAUCUUGCAACUACAGCUACAGGCUUGUUAGCAGCUGCUGUUGUGAUAACCUCAGGUGCCACUGAAGAAGCGGAAACGCUGUCCAAUAUACCCCAGGAACUAUCCGGCGAGUGCGCGGGGGCGAAGGAUUGCACAAAGCCUAGAAUCCAACGACCCAAAUCGAGGAAAGCCGAGUCCUGCACUAUUAAAUGUGUCACCACUUGCAUCAGGGGAGGUGAAGGUUCUCCUGGUGAAGGCCCUUUUAAUGUCAGAAGACCUUUGGUUGUUUUCAAGGAAGGGUUUCGAAGCCGUCGAUAUUGUUUGGUGGAAUGUUCAGAUAUAUGUAAUUUGAUUGGAGAUGGAGAUGAUGGUCCUUGAAUUGUGUAUGAAUUCUUCAUUGACAAAAAGUGAAAUUUAUUGUUCUAAGUUUUCCUUGCAAAGAAGGAAAGCUUCUUUUUCAGUAUCAGAUUCAAAGGGUGUAAUGCCGAGCAAAUCUCAUUUCAAUUUUUCUUGAAGUAUAUUGUAGCUUGUAAAAGAUCCUUGGGCAUAUGUAUGAAUAUAUACACUUUUUGUACUGCUUGUCUCUCUAUUGAAGAAAGUUCAAUUUCUUGUA